AUGCCAUCGAUUGACGGCAUGCUCCAGUGCUAUUUCUGCCCCUGGGCCAUGGCCGCCAUUGUAUCCAACUCCAUCGAAACCAUCCAAUCGCUCUGUCAACCGUCGACGACUCCAUCUGCUGCCGCCCACAAGGCAGAUCCUGGUGGAACCGUUCGACCUGGGACCUGUCUUCAGACCCAAGGGACCAGCCCCCAUCAACCACAACCCCUCCAAAAUGUUGCUAUUCCAGCGCUUCAAUGGGACACCAAAAGCUUCUGGAUGCCCCAUAGAAGCUUUUCUGGCCCCCGAAUAUACCAAGGUUGGUGGAGUCUUCCCGUGAGGCCACAGAAAUUGGAGAAACGGGCUGGAUUUGGGGCACCUGGGAUCCCUUCUAGCCCUGCUACAGCGUACCAGACAGCAAUGGAGGAUCAAGUGUUGGUCCAGGUUGCCAGUGAUGGCACUGGACGGGGCCCUGGGGCAAUUGCGGCUCUUGGAAGCCCAGUGCUCCAUUCCAUGCCCAUCAUAGGUUGA